UUUAUAUAGCAGCCAUCGAGGGACACGUCCCCGUGGACAUUGUGCGCACUUUCCGUGCAUUUCUUGAAUUCUGUUACAUGGUACGACGGAAUACCAUUACGGAGCGCACGCUAGAGCAAGUUCGAGACGCCGUUUCCAGCUUCCAUAAGUAUCGUGACAUUUUUCUGACGAGCGGCACCAUACCCACAUUCUCGCUACCACGACAACACGCUGUCGCUCAUUACGUGGAACUCAUCCAGCUCUUUGGCGCUCCAAAUGGACUGUGCUCGUCUAUUACAGAGAAUAAGCAUAUCAAGGCUGUUAAAGGUCCAUGGCGACGAUCAAACAAAUUCAACGCGCUUGGUCAAAUGCUCGUCACCAAUCAACGACUCGAUAAACUGGCUGCCGCACGAGUCGAUUUUACCAGCCGUGGGAUGUUGAAUGGGACUUGCCUUUCAGCAGCCCUCGAAGCCCUUCAAGUUUACAAAACGUGCACGUAUGUAUUGGCUCUCGCUGAAGAGCUGAAUAUUCCCCGUCUGCCUGAGAUGAUCCGCCGCUUUCUCUUCCAGCAGACACGCCCGGAUGACCCGCGAGAUGCAUCCGAAAUUCCCGUCGCAGGAUGCCCUCGAUAUGAGGGCAAAAUAUCAGUUUUCAACUCUGCAUGCUCACGGUUCUAUGCCCCGAGCGACUUAAGUGGGAUCGGUGGCAUGCGGAUUGAGCAUAUUCGUGCUUGCCCCAUGUGGCGGAACGAGGCCCCUCGUUAUGACUGCGUUUUCGUUAACGUUGGGUCGGAAGAUGUGGGCAUUCGAGGACUUGAAGUUGCGAGGAUUUGUGCCUUCUUCUCGUUCAAUUACGGAGGAACGACAUACCCGUGCGCCGUUUUGCGCUGGUUCGAUAUCAUUGGAGACUCGCCCGACGAAGAUACGGGCAUGUGGAUGGUGCGUCCAGCCUGCGGUGCUAACAAUGCAGCUAUCUACAAUAUCAUACACGUGGAUACAAUCUACCGUGCAGCUCACCUUAUUCCUGUCUACGGCAGACGUUUUCUUCGCCGCGAUAUUACCCUACACAAUUCAUACGACACAUUUCGGACUUUCUACGUGAAUAAAUAUGCUGAUCAUCACUCUUUUGAGCUCGCAUCAUAG